UGCAGAGCGGAGCGGGGCUCGGAGCGGGCUCGGGGCGCGGAGCGGUCGCUCCCGGCGCGGGGCCGCCAUGGCGUGGCCCUGCAUCACCCGUGCCUGCUGCAUCGCGCGUUUCUGGAACCAGCUGGACAAGGCGGACAUCGCCGUCCCCCUCGUUUUCACCAAAUACUCGGAGGCCACCGAGCAUCCCGCGGCGCCGCCGCGCCCCGCGGCCCCCAUCGAGACCCAGCCCGGCGGGGAGGCGGCGGCGGGGGCCGGGGGCGCUGAGCCGGCUCCCGGAGCCGCCCGGCCCGGCCCGGCCCCGCACGCCUCUCCCCCGGCCGACUCGGUGAUGCGGCACGACUACAAGCCUUGGAAGGUGCAGCGGCCGGAGCCCAGCUGCAAGCCCAAGAGCGAGUACCAGCCCUCGGACACUCCCUUCGAGAAGGAGACGCAGUACCAGAAGGAUUUCCGUGCCUGGCCCAUCCCCAAGCGGGGCGACCAUCCCUGGAUCCCCAAACCGGGACCUUCCCCCGUCCUGGCCCUGGACCGCGCUCCCCCGGAGAAAGCGGCUCAGGAGAAGCGGCGGAAGGUGCAGCUCCCUCCCGAGAAGAAGGAGGAGCAGCCCGAGGUGGAGGAUGAGCAUCCCAGAGCGGCGCGGCCCGGGGAUGGCAGAGACAAGGGGCGCAAGAAGGCGGAGGAGGCGGGCGGGCAGCCGGCGGAGCCGAGCAGAGGCCGGGCGGCCGCCGAUGCUGUCAAUAGGCAGAUCAGAGAGGAGGUGGCGGCGGGGGUCAGCUCGUCCUACAGAAAUGAGUUCAGACCCUGGAUAGAUGUCAAGCCCGUGAAAGCGAUAAAAGCAAAGCCCCAGUACAAGCCACCAGACGAGAAAAUGACCCAUGAAACCAGUUACAGUGCUCAGUUCAAGGGGGAAACCAGCAAGCCUUCUCCAGCUGAUAACAAAUACCUGGAACGCAGAAGGAUACGCACCCUCUACAGCGAACCCUACAAAGAACCUCCAAAGGUGGAAAAGCCUAGCAUAAAGCCUUCCAAACCAAAAAAGACCACAACAAGCCAUAAACCUCUGAAAAAGGCCAAAGACAAGCAGAUUGCAUCUGGCCGGGCUGCCAAGAAAAAGAGCGCCGAGACCUCCAACACUGCAAAACCAGAGGAUAAGGAGAAAAGUAAAGAGAUGAACAAUAAACUGGCUGAGGCAAAAGAGACUCCUGAAAAAAACACUGGUGCUACAGACCAAGAACCAAGUACCUUAGUGCAGGACCAGCCCACUUGAAGUCAGGAACUGUCGUCUGAGCAGCAGCUGGAGCAAACGUGUAGUCCGCAUGAAAUGUGUAUUGUCUGGCUGGCAUAAAAUAAAGCUGAUGAUGAAAGCUGAA